AACGUGAAUCGGAUAAUAGGUGCUCUUUAAAAUUAGCUGUGCGCACAGACGCACACUCAAAUGGACACACACUCAUAAGCGCACGCACGGAGACGCACGUUUCACGCCAAACACAAAAUGUCUCCGCACUUGACAGGGCACAUACACGCAAAAUUAUCUAAAAAUAUCACAGUCUUGGCAAGUACUCUCAUAAUAACUGUCUCGCCGGUUUGAGUGUUUGUGAGGUUCAGUAUGAGGUAAGGGAGCUCAGCAGCGCCCCCCGCAGCUUGAAAACUUUGCCUUGUCGAAGUGAUUUCCUCCCCUGCUUUUACUUCCUGUUUUCUAAGGGAGUCACUUAACUCCGAUCGUUUUUGCUCAUCAGGACUUCACUAUGCUUUUUAUGUUCCGAUAGUUUUGACUCGUCUUCGUCACCUUACGGACCGCGAGCCGUAUCGACAGCGGACAUUCAUACAUUAAACAUAAUUAUAUACGCCGCUCUAGAUGGAGGUCGGAGGGCUGAACUCGGUCGUGUCUACGGCUAUGAUGGAUUUUACGUAGACUUUUGUUAUUUUAAGCCCGUUUGUACUGCCUCCCGGUCGGUUUUUCGGCAUUUAGCGCAUUGGGUUUCCUGCUUUGCCGAUCUGUCCAGCCUCGACCGCUCCUCUGACUAAAGCAACAAUGUAACAAACUGUUCAUUUAUCGUCCGUGAGCACGAUCGCCGCGCGCUUACGCCGCUUGUAAAGUUUACGGUGUCCCCGCCGUAUCGCGUGUGUUUAUCCGUCAAACUUUACAAUGGCCGAGCUGCAGCGACCGACGCUAUGCUGCUGUCGGAAAGUGCUGACUGUGCCCGGUAAGUCCUGCGAGGGUAGCCGGGGUUUGUCGCACUGUCACCCGGUGGAUGUCGCGUCGGCGUCCAACUUCCAUAGCUUUAAACUCCGGCAUUUCCAUCUGGACCUCCAUCUAAACUUCGCCGUGAAACGGAUGACGGGAUGGCAGGUUCUGGAGCUGACACCGGUCCAGCCCGGCGUUCAGUCUCUCAUUCUGGACACGCAUCCUUCAUUAUUAAUUCAUUCCGUGGACUGCAAGGUGCCCGGCGCGUCCGGUACUCCCGAUGUGUUUAUCUCACUCACCUAUCGAGUGGAACCGUUCACCGAUUACGGAUCAUCACUGAACAUCAGCCUCCCGGCCGCCGUGAUCCGGCCACACCGGGCUUUCCGUGUCACCAUCCGCUACACUACAACAGACGGCCCUGCGAUCUGGUGGCUGGAUGCAGAGCUGACGUGCGGACAGACUCGUCCGUUGGUCUUCACCCAGGGUCACUCCGUCUGCAAUCGGUCGUUUUUUCCUUGCUUUGACACGCCGGCUGUCAAAAGCACCUACUCUGCCACUGUCAGGGUACCAGAGGGUGUCACAGUGUUGAUGAGUGCUUCAAGAAGUGCGUACUCCAAACAGGACAGGGUUUUCCAGUUCUCUAUGGAAUAUCCUGUCCCGGCUUACUUGGUUGCGCUGGUGGCAGGAGAUCUACAGCAUGCAGACAUCGGGCCCAGGAGUCGUGUAUGGGCAGAGCCCUGCAUCUUGACAUGUGCGGUCAGUAAGUUGGGUGGCAGUGUGGAGCGCUGGCUUAAUGUGGCAGAGGGGCUCUUCGGGCCGUAUGUAUGGGGAAGGUAUGACAUUGUGUUCCUUCCUCCGUCAUUCCCUAUAGUUGCCAUGGAAAAUCCCUGUCUGACCUUCAUCAUUUCCUCCAUACUGGAGAGUCAGGAAUUUCUGCUGAUCGAUGUCAUCCAUGAGAUUGCUCACGGAUGGUUUGGUAAUUCCGUCACCAAUGCCACAUGGGAAGAGAUGUGGCUCAGUGAGGGUCUGGCCACUUACGCUCAGAGACGCAUUACCACCGAGGCUUACGGAGAAGCCUUUACUUGUCUUGAGACAGUCUUUCGUCUAGAUGCUCUUCACAGACAGAUGCGUAUUCUUGGAGAUAACAAUCCUGUCAGUAAACUGCAGGCCAAAUUUGAGCCAGGUGUAAACCCCAGCAGUCUGAUGAAUUUGUUUACAUAUGAGAAAGGCUUCUGCUUCGUUUCGUACCUUUCACAGCUGUGCGGUGACAUCAAGAGAUUUGACACUUUCCUUAGGGCCUACAUAGAGAAGUUCAGGUUCAGCAGUGUAGUCGCUAAGGAUCUGCUGGACUUCUUUCUUGGCUUCUUCCCAGAGCUGAAGGAAAGCUGUGUCGCUCAGCGAGAAGGACUAGAAUUUGAGCGAUGGCUGAACGACUGCGGUCCUCCAUUAUGUGAACCAGAUCUUUCAGCCGGUCAGGCUCUAACAGACCCUGUCCAGCACCUGUGUGACCUCUGGGGCACAGAUACCCCUGACCCCCAGGCCAUCACAACGUUUGACCUCUCCUCGUGGACCACCUUCCAGACGGUUCUUUUCCUGGACCGACUUCUAGACCGCUCACCUCUGCCUCAGGAGGUGAUGAGUCUUUUGUCAAGCUGCUACUCUGCCUUGUUGGACGGCAUGAACGCUGAAGUCCAGAUUCGAUGGCUGCAGAUUGUGGUGCGUAACAGCUUUUAUCCUGAUCUGCCACGGGUUCGCAGCUUCUUACAUAAACACACCUCUCGAAUGUACACCGUGCCCCUUUAUGAGGAUUUGUGCGGAGGAGUAAUGAAGUGUUUUGCCCUGGAGGUGUUUUAUCAAACUCAGGGCCGUCUUCACCCUAAUCUUCGUCGGACUCUUCAGCAGAUGAUGUUCCAAAGUAGCGCCCUCAACAACAGCACAGCCCCAUCUUUACUCUCAUCUCCACCCUCCGUCCCUUCAUCACCCACAGACCCAUCCGCCAACGGGACCAUCGCCCUGCGAGACGUCAACGUGUCUGCUUAAGUUCAAACCAGUAAGCGGCGCUUCUGUGAAGAACUGCGCAGGACUUGAAUUUGGCUGAGACUUAGCACUAUAGCAAUGCAUCAUGGGUAGCCAGCACUCUCACAUGCUCUCCAACACUGGGAUGUUUUUUUUUUUUAAUGGAAACACUGAUUUUCAUAAGCUACACAUUAAGCUGCUCAGGGCUGUGGGACAAAGCGGAGGACAGAUGUCACGUACGUCGUUCGUGAGGGUUAUUACACCGUUACCCAAGUGUUUGUGUGUGCGCACACACGGAUGGGUAUGUCAGUAUCAAGGAAUACUGCCGGCCAUCUGUUAGCCAUUAUCUUUGUGUGUGCGUGUGAAUGUGUGUAUGUCUGUGUUUAUUUAUGUGGGUGUUUUGCAUAUGUUGCUCUGGACUAUGCACAGCUAAUUUGAGUUGCAUCUAUUGCAUUGGCUUAUCUCCGGUUCAAAUGAGGAAUCAUGUAGACAACAUUGCACAGACUUUUAGCUUUGUUUUGUAGAGGACCAAUCCAUUGUGAAACCUCUUCCUGGACAGUGUUUGAGUCUUCUUGAAUACUCACUGCCUGAUUACUUUUUUGACAUGGAUCAUUUCUUUAUUGUUUGAUUCCUUAUAACUGGUCAAGUCUCUCCUUCCUGGUGCUAACCUCUCAGCAUUGAGUCUCAGGUAAAUCAAGACACAAGAGGUGGAGCUGUGUUAGUGCCUUUCAACGCCGCUGUCCAAAUGAACAGCCUGUAUUUAUGUUAUUUGCAACAUUGCUGAUCAUUGCCUUAGAAAAUGUACAACAUAUUAGUUAUUUUCAGGAACUGAGAGACUGGGUGAGAAUUAUUAUUUUUAAGAAAAUGUGUCCCUUUCACUCCUUUUUAGUUUCGUUCUUAGUUGAAGUUCCCUUAAGUUAGCUGUGGUUGAGGAUAACGAGUGAAGUUUGUGAAUAUGCAGUUGAAUGGGGUGGACAUUCAGGGUGGGUGGGUCCAUGAUCGUCAUAAGUGGCCUUAAUCACAAACACGGUGGAAGACUGCUGAGAUUUUUCAGGUAAUAAAUAACAUGUGUGCACUUUGUGUGUUGUUUCCGAGGGUCUUACCUUGGAUUUCACAUUUUAACUUUAGUUCAUAUACGUUAAUAUAGAAAGACACUCAUAUGACUGACACUGAUCACCAAGUUAAAUGUGUUAACCUAGAGCUUUGGGGAUUAAAGGUCUACAUGCAGUGCGACCAACAAUAAAAGUUUUUCACCCUGA